GAGGUUGGUAACCUUGGUAGCUAACUUCAGUUAAAACAUGGCUGCUUGAACGUUAACGCAGAGCAGUGACAAAACGUGAAUAAUUUAUUAAUAAUUACUUUAAGUAUUAGUUUAAACGUUAGGGUGUAAGUUAUUUAGUUUUCUGAUAAAAUGGGCAAACGCAAAAAUCAGGCUCUCAUCGAUUCGGACUCCAGUAACGAUUCAAGCAGCGAUUUGGACGGCCAAUUCUUAAACUUAGCAAAGAAGAAAACCAAAAAGAAAUCUCCAAAAAGUAAUGGUUCCAUAUCGAAUUCCGACUCAGAAAGUGAAGAUGAAAACCCCAAAACAUCGAAACGUUCCAAAAGAGAAUCAAAAAGUUCUUCCGGUGAAGAGGAAGAAGCUGAAACAAAUAAUAAAUCAUCAUCUCCUGCUGCUAAAGAAAACUCCGAAACUGAAGAAGGUGAAGUAUCUGAUUCUUCAGAUUAUUCUGAAGAAGAAUUUAAUGAUGGUUAUGAUGAUCAAUUAAUGGGUGAUGAAGAAGAUCGAGCUCGUUUAGCAAGUUUAACCGAAAAAGAACGCGAAACUGAAAUUUUUAAACGAAUUGAACAAAGAGAAUUAAUGAAAACGCGAUUUGAAAUUGAAAAGAAAUUAAGACAAGCGAAAAAGGCGGAACGGGCGAAAGAAAAGCCAGAGAAGAAACCAAAAGAUAAAGAUAAAUCGAAAGAGAAAGACAAAGAUAAAUUACUUCAAUCAGAUUAUAGCUCAAUUGAUCAUAAAGAAAGAAGUAAAGAGAGGAAGAAGAAUAUCGAAGAAAAUAGGGGGAAAGUUGAUAAGAGGGUUAAUGCUAUGGCUGAAUUGAAGGCUAAAAGAGAAGGGCAAAAACGAAAGGAGGAAUUGGAAAUUGCCAGGAGAGAAGAACAAAAGAAAAAAGAUGAGGAAGAAGCUGAUUUAACUACAAAUAAGAAUUCGGUUAAAUUGAAAGCUUCAGAUAUUUAUUCAGAUGAUAGUGAAAGUGAAGGUGGUAGAAGUUCUCCAGCACCAUCAAAACCCGCAUCAGUAAGAUCGCGUUCGUCUUCAAGUUCUAGUUCUAGUGAUAAUGAAGAGGAAGAACAAAAAAAACCAGCAUACGUUCCAACUAGAAACGAAUUGAAUUCUAUAAGACUGUCUCGUCACAAAUUGGAAAAAUUUGUGCAUUUACCAUUUUUUGAUCGAAUCGUUAAAGGUUGUUUUACAAAAAUUGGAAUUGGACAACACCACAAUUUACCGGUUUAUAGGGCGGUGGAAAUUAUUGGGGUGUAUGAAACGGCGAAAGUUUAUAAUUUAGGAAAUACGAGAACAAAUAAAGGUGUCAGGGUGCGACAUGGCACUCAAGAGAGAGUGUUUCGUUUGGAGUUUGUAUCUAAUCAGGAAUUUACUGAAUCUGAAUAUCAAAAGUGGGUUGAAGCUACAGCUGAAGCUGGGAAUCCGAUGCCUCAAUUGGAAACUAUUAAGCAAAAACAAUUGGAUAUAAAGGAAGCGUUAAAUUAUGAGUUUAAUGAAAAGGAUAUUGAUCGAAUACUUAAAGAAAAAGAUAGAUUUACCCAAAAAACAUAUAAUUAUGCAAUGAAGAAAACUCAAUUAAUGAAAGACAGAGAUUCUGCUGUCGGAAGAGGUGACGAAGAUAUAGUUAGAGAAAUAAACAAAAAAAUCGACGUAUUAGAAGAACGAGCUUCUGAAUUAGAUAAAAUGCGUACCUCGACUAUUUCUAGUAUCUCUUACAUUAAUGAUAGAAACAGAAAACGCAAUGUAGAAGAAGCUGAAAAAGCAAUUUUAGAAGAAAAGCGGGCUAAUAAAGGAAAAAAAAUUGACGACCCUUUUACGAGACGUUCAACAAAACCUAGAAUGAAUUUUAAAGCUUCUGCGGAAGAAGAAGCUGUGACUGUACCAGAGGAGACAAAACCAGAAGAGCCAAAAGAAAAAGUUGAACAAAAAACGACUGCUCCAACUCAAGUUUCUCAGGAUGAUUUAUUUUCCGCUCACGACUUCGAUAUAAAAAUCGAUUUAGAAGUUCCUUUAACAAAUCCCGUAGUAAGUGUAACGCCAACAACAGUUUCAAAAGAUUUAGGACCAAAACGAAGUUUAAACUUACAGGAUUACAAGAAAAAACGCGGUUUGAUUUAGUUUAUUGUUCAACUAAAAAUUAAUACGAAAUCAAAUACUUAAAUUAUAAACAGUAAGCGAUAAAUUUAGGGAAAAUUAAUAUUGUGUAUUUAUGAUGAUGCAAUAUUAUCAUCGAAAGAAUGUAAUGUAAUGUUAUGUUUCUGGAAACUGACUAUUCAGAUUAAUUAAUGUUUUAUGUAAUCGUUUAUUUUAUUAUAUAAUUUGUAUCCGAUUUGUACAUAAAUGAAUAUGAUUUACUUAUGUUUUAAGUAUUAUUAGCGAAUUAUAGGAGAACAUGUACAAUUUUCCAAAAUAAAAGAAUUUUUUUUAUAUAAGUAAA